UGGCAAAUCCGCUUCUUCCACACAGAAAUUCAUGUUCAGUGAAGCUCCUCCCACAACAAUUACAUAAUCAGUGAAGCCCCUCCCACAAACCCUGCAGAAUGAAACACACUGAAGAUACUGAAGAACAAACAGAGUUGAAUAAAGAAAACAAGGACAAUAAUGAAUUGAGUGAAGAUGAGGAGAAAACUUGUGUCAAAACUGGAGAAAAACCUUUGAGUUGCUCUCAAACCAAACAGAAAGAUUUAAAGAAAAUAAGAGUCAAGAAAUCUUUCACCUGCACUCCGUGUGGAGACAGUUUCACACGCAAAACAAGUCUUGAGCAUCACAUGAGCGUUCAUACUGGAGAGAAACCAUUCACAUGUAAUCAGUGCAGGAAGAGUUUCACACAAUCAUCACAACUUGAGAGACACAUGAACAUCCACACUAGAGAGAAACCGUACACUUGUGAUCAGUGCGGAAAGAAUUUUGCACGGAAAGGAAUCCUUAUGACACAUAUGAGAAUUCAUACAGGAGAAAAACUGUACACAUGUAAUCAAUGUGGAAAGAGUUUCACAUACCAAAGAAGUCUUGAUGUUCACAUGAACAUCCACACUGGAGAGAAACUGUACACUUGUGAUCAAUGCGGCAAAACAUUUUUGAGAGCUUCAGACCUGAAGCAGCACCUGAGAAAAAUACAUACUGGUGUGAGAGAGUACGUGUGCUUUGAGUGUGAAAAGACUUUUACUUCAGCAAAGUGUUUAAAACUGCAUGAGAGGAUUCACACUGGAGAGAAACCUUACAAGUGUUCACAUUGUGACAAGAGAUUCAAUUAUUCAUCAAGUCUGAAAACACAUGAGAGGAUUCACACUGGAGAGAAACCUUGCAAGUGUUCACACUGUGACAAGAGAUUCAGUCAUUCAUCAAGUCGGAAAAGACAUGAGAGGAUUCACACUGGAGAGAAACCGUAUCACUGCACUGCAUGUGGGAAGUGUUUCAAUAAUUCAUCUUCUCUACACAAUCAUACAAAAAAACAUUCACAGUAAGUAUUCAAGAUUCAGCUGAAAUUCUGCUCACAUCAAAGAUGGAGUUCCUCCCCAAAUAACUGCCAAAACAUUGUAUUAUUGUGCUUUCUUAUUUUUCUUCACUGUUGUUUUUAAAAUGACUGAGUUA